AUGGCCAGCGCAGCUGACGGUGUAGGCAGUCUGGGUGCGGAGCAGAACCACCUGAGCGUCCCGGUCGCUGAUCAUGGAGCCUGGGCCACGGCCAUGAACAACCUGGGCAUCGUGCCGGUGGGCAUCGGCGGGCAGCAGCUGGUUUCAGACUCGCUGUGCAUCCAGAGGUUCGACCCCGGUCUGGGCCUGCUGACGCCCAUCAACCCCAUCAUGGCGGGAAUCAGCCUGGUGCCGCCGCCGCCCGUCCCCGCCGACGUGCCGCUGGUCAAGGAGAUCAUCCACUGCAAGAGCUGCACCCUGUUCCCCCAGAACCCCAACCUGCCUCCUCCGUCCACGCGGGAGCGCCCCCCCGGCUGUCGGACGGUGUUCGUCGGGGGCCUGCCGGAGAACGCCACGGAGGAGAUCAUCCGGGAGGUGUUCGACCAGUGCGGCGAGAUCACCGCCAUCCGCAAGAGCAAGAAGAACUUCUGCCACAUCCGCUUCAGCGAGGAGUUCAUGGUGGACAAGGCGCUGUACCUGUCAGGGUACCGGAUGCGUAUCGGCUCCAGCACGGACAAGAAGGACUCGGGGAGGAUCCACGUGGACUUCGCCCAGGCCCGGGACGACCUGUACGAGUGGGAGUGCAAGCAGCGGCUGCUGGCCCGGGAGGAGAGGCACCGCCGCAAGGUCCACGAGGACCGGCUGCGCCCGCCGUCGCCGCCGCCCGUCGUGCACUACUCCGAGCACGAGGCGGCGCUGCUGGCCGACAGGCUGAAAGACGAUCACAAGUUCAGUGAGGCCACGGCCGUCCUCUUCACCUGGAUCGACCGGGGCGAAGUCAACCGGCGCACCGCCAACCACUUCUACUCCAUGAUCCAGUCGGCCAACAGCCACGUGCGGCGGCUGAUGAGCGAGAAGGCCCAGCACGAGGAGGAGAUGGAGAGCGCCAAGGAGGUCUUCAAGAACGCCCUGCUGGCCAUCCUCACUCAGUUCGAGCAGAUCACCGCCGUUUUCACCGCCGCCACCAGGCAAAAGGCAUGGGACCAUUUCUCAAAAGCACAGCGCAAGAACAUAGACAUUUGGCGAAAGCAGUGUGAGGAGCUGAGGAACGCCCACAGCGAGGAGAUCAUGGGCAUCAGGCGGGAGGAGGAGAUGGAGAUGUCAGACGACGAGUCGGACGAGAAUCCCUGCAAGAAGAUGCGAGUCGAGGAAAACGGAGUGUGUGAUCAGACUCAGGCCUCCCUCAGGGAGGAAAACGACUCCCUGCGCUGGCAGCUGGAUGCUUACAGGAACGAGGUGGAGCUCCUGAGGAGGGAGCAGAAUCGAACCGCGCGCCCGGACGACGAUCACACUGCAGCCCCGACUCACAGCCCGGAGGCGCAGAUCCAGCUGCUGCAGCAGAGCAUGCACAGCAUGCAGCAGCAACUUUUAACCCUGCAGGAGAAACUGAGCAGUAAAGAGGCGGAGCUGGAGCAAGCCAGAGAGGAGCACCGCUACCUGGAGGGGGAGGUGCUGGCCCUCCGAGACAAGCUGCUGAGCAGCACCGGAGAAGCUGUGGAGGGAACCAACGGAGAGAUUCAUGAAAAGGGGCUGAACGGAUGUGUUCCUUCGUUGUACCUCAGCAGAGACAGAAGAAGCGAACUCCUCCUGAGAAGAGGCGUCGCCUCAGAAAAAGAAGCCCUGCUCCUCGGCAUCAUAUCGACCUUCCUGCACGUCCAUCCGUUCGGCGCCAACCUGGAGUAUCUGUGGUCGUACAUCCAGAGGCUGGACUCCAAGGUGUCUGCGGUGGAGCUGGAGCGUCUCAUGGUGCGUCUGCCCUCCAUGUUCAGACAGGAGCUGAGCGGCGUCGGCGCCACGCUGGAGAAACGCUGGAAGUUCUGCGGCUUCGACACACUCAGCUCGGCGUGACGGCGGUGUGUGUGUGUGCGCGUGUGUGUGAGUGUGUGUGUGUGUGUGUGU